UCGCGUUCUGAUGUUCCCGUUCAUUUGCGUCGGAUGCCUGCUCAUCAUCUGCUCGUUCUGGGCACCGUUCAUGAUUCCCCAAUACCGGCAGAAACACGGCGGAUUCAAAGUCGGGAUUGGGAGCUUCCUCGCCGACGCAAGUGUUCUCAUGGACUUGGCUAUAAUGGCGAAUGCGUUCCUGUUAUUCGUUAGCAACCGCUUCUCGCUAGCUGACGUCUUGCUCAAGUUCGGGCCCGUCAGCGCUCACACCCAUUCAGUGACGGCGUUUUCCAGCCCGCUGUACAUUAUGGCUGCCGGCUUAUGGACAAACAUGAGGAUGAACCAGGCCAGGAUACGCCUGAUGUCACUGCUGGGAGUCGGAGUGUCCUUAGCUGGUCUCAGUAUUGCCGCGUCCCUGGAGAAGUUUCUCGACGAUCCUGGUCAGCGCACGUGUUUAAUCGUCACAAGCCAGGUACUCAUCGUUGGAGGCUGCGGAAUGUCCUUUAUGUCAGCCUUUGUCCACUGUUAUCAGCACAAUAUGAAUGAAGUUGGGGCAAGGUAUUCUGUCAUCGUGCUCUCUGGUGUAACAUGCACUGCAAUCUCCUUCGGCCACUUCGCCGGCAUUCUGUUCGACACGUAUAUCAUGGAAGAUCUUGCGUAUGUGCAGGGGAUUUAUUCGUUGCUGCAAUCGCAGCUUCUCGUGCUCGUGUUUUUGUGCACUACGGCCGUUUACUGCAAGAUGCACCCUCGUGAUGUGGCGAGGAUGGGAUACCUGAAUCCGGACGGCUCACAACGGCUUUGAUCACGAAAAUUUUUUUCAGACGCUGCUUAAUUUAUCUGUAGAAAGUCUAACAUUCAUCUAUGACUUUUUUUU